ACCACCAAACGCCACCACCCCAACAACCACUGACUCCAAUAUCUCACCACCAUCCUUCUACGCGACUACGCCACGACCCCUUUUCUCUCUCAUUUCCUUCUCGCCAUACCCUUUCGUCUGUCUGCCAGAUUUUCAGGAUUCAACAAGUAUUUCGGAGGUUAUGGAAAAUCAGGCUCACCAGCCGCCGCCUAUUGAAUCCCCGCCGGCGCUAUUGGGAAAUACCCAGAUGUCUUCUGACAUUGCCCAUCUUUCCGAAGACCCGGCAGCCUCCUCGAUCUUUGAUUGGUCUGACUUCCUGGAGUUCAGCCUCGACGAUCAGCUCAAUAUCUCGUUCAAUUCCGACCAGGAUCAGCAAUCGGAUCUACCAUCUCUGGAUGUGCCGACUACGACUUCUGGUGGUGGGGAUUCCGCUUUGAGUCGGGUCAGGAAGAGAGACCCCAGGAUGGUUUGCUCCAACUUUCUGGCUGGACGGAUCCCCUGUGCCUGCCCGGAGAUAGAUGAGCAGUUGGAGGAGGAAGAGCUCGCUACUCUUGGGUCUGCAGGGAAGAAGGCCCGCACGUCCCGAGCUUCUGCUGCAGGACUGUCCACUGCUCUAUGUCAAGUACCUGGCUGUGAGGCCGAUAUUAGUGAGCUCAAAGGCUAUCAUAAGAGACAUCGGGUUUGCCUGCGCUGUGCCAACGCAAAAUCGGUGGUUCUUGAUGGGGAGAGCAAGAGAUAUUGCCAGCAAUGUGGCAAGUUUCAUGUUUUAUUGGACUUUGAUGAAGGUAAGCGUAGUUGUCGAAGGAAACUUGAACGCCAUAACAAUAGACGCAGAAGAAAAUCUGUAGAUCCAAAAAAUUCAUUUGAGAAAGAACCACAACAGGUUUUAGUAGCCGAUGAGGGUGAUUUUGAUGAGGAUUCCAGCAGAGAUGGCACUGGCAUAGAUAGCCAAAUAAUUGAACGAGAAGCAGUCUUGGAAUCUGAAGGGAAGCAAUCGGCACUUUGCUCCACAAUAGGCUCCCAAAGUAUCCACAGUGGUAGCAUUAGAAUUUCUCCAGCUCCCGGUGAAAUACAAAGCAAAAAUGGGAAAGAAAACAAUAAAGACACUCAUUCUCCUCCCUAUUGUGACAAUAGGAGUUCACUUUCUUCUGUUUGCCCUACUGGUCGGAUCUCAUUCAAGCUUUAUGACUGGAACCCUGCUGAGUUCCCACGACGUCUACGACACCAAAUUUUCCAAUGGUUGGCCAACAUGCCAGUUGAAUUGGAGGGAUAUAUUCGUCCUGGUUGUACAAUUUUGACAGUAUUUAUUGUGAUGCCACAUUUCAAGUGGAAAAAGUUGUUAGAAGAACCAAUAAUACAGUUGCAAGACCUUGUGCUCUCACCUGGAAAUAUGCUCCUUGGAAGAGGCACCUUUCUUGUUUAUCUGAAUAACAUGGUGUUUCGCAUUGCAAAGGGAGGAACAUCAAUAAUGAAAGUGAAGUUAAAAGGGAAAACUCCAAUGCUCUGCUAUGUGCAUCCCACUUGUUUUGAAGCUGGCAAACCUAUGGAGUUCUAUGUAUGUGGAAGCAAUCUACUUCAAUCUAAAAUUCGCUUUCUUGUAUCAUUUUCUGGGAAGUAUUUGGCAAAUGAUUUUUGCAUUUCAUCGUGUUGUAAGAUUGAACGGGAUUCUUGUAGUUUAGACCAUCAGUUGUUGAAGGUCAAUGUUCCUCGAGUCAAUGCAGAUCUAUUUGGCCCAGCAUUUAUUGAGGUUGAAAAUGAGUCUGGCUUGUCAAACUUUGUUCCUGUUCUCAUUGCAAGCAAAGACAUAUGUUCAGAAAUGGGGAGGUUGCUAGCACAGUUUAAUACGUCUCUUCAACCCAAGGUUGCAAAAAUUGCUUCAGGCUGCCCUUCAUGUGAGCAUUCUGAUUUAAGAGAUUCGAAAUUAUCAGAUUUUAUGCUUGACGUGGCAUGGUUAAUACGGGAGCCUGCGGUAGAAGAAACUACUCAACUGUUGACUUCUAAUCGGAUGCAAAGAUUCAGAAGGCUAUUAAACCUUUUGAUAGAAAACGAGUCAACUUCAAUACUACAAAGAGCUCUGACACACAUCAAAGUAGUGGUAGACAGCAGUGCAGUAGUUGCUAAUGUUACUGAUCCUGAAAUAAACACUUUUCGUGCUACUUUAGAUGGCACCGAAGCAAUCCUUUCUCAAAGAUUUAAGGGCGGAGAUAUUCUUAUGGGGAAUUUUAAAAAGGCAGGGACAUCCUUAGCCCAUAUGUACGAAGACAAAAUGCAACAUGUAAUUCCAGUUAUGGAAAAGGCAAGUCUAUCAUGUCCCACGACAUAGUUACAUCGGAACUUUUCAAGUGACACCUGUGUUACAGUGACAUGGGUCCCAUUUGAGAGCCCUACGGUGUUUGUUGGGCUGGGGAACAGGUCCUACUCCUACACUCAUACCCCACGGGUGCACCCUCUCCCAAAAGAGCACCCCUAAACCUAUCCCUUGGUCUUGGGCCCAACAAAGCAGCACUGUAUGGUCCUCAAAUGGUGCGCUGUCACCCUAUUUGAACUGCGCUGUUCUUGCAUACAUUGUGUCAUUAGUAUGAUUUCUAUAUUGCGCCCGGGAUUAUAUUCCCUGCUUCAGAUAAUGUGGAUCUUUACAAUGCAGGGUGUGGAAAACAACGUUUGCAAUACAGAAUCAAGAUUGACAUUUCCAGAUUAUAAUAAUAGCUCUACCGAUCCAUUGUUAAACAUCACUGCGAGUGUGAAUCUCAACAAAGAGCGGCAGUCUUGUAGCCUUUUAUUUGAAAAGCUUCUUGCUACUCGCCGUCCCCUUGUGUUUGCAGUCUCUGCUAUUGCUGUUUGUUUUGGAGUAUGUGCGAUUAUUCUUCACCCUGGUCCAGUGGGUGAAUUCACUGCAUCUAUCAGGAGGUGCCUGUUUGACAGUCCACAGUUUUGAUUUGAUUCAUAUAAACCAUUCGCUGAAGAAUUUGAUUCUUUUUUUUAAAAUUUGUGUACAUAUUUGCUUAAGUUUUGUUGGGUUUUAACUUUUAAAGUCUUACAACAAGUCUUUUGGUGUAAACCUUGAGAUUGUGGGUCUUUCUCUGUCUGUUUUACGGUUCGUGUCCAUUCGACUAAUCUCCGUUCGCUCCAGGAGGCAUGAGAGCUGGCCAAGGGGAAACAAGUUUAAUAAUACUAUGUCGUAUAAUCAUAUUUGUAUUAAAAUUAAAUGUUUAGAUAUAGUUGCUAGUGUGUAAAAAAGGCGGAUAAAAGACAUUAGUGUAU